CAGCACUUUAGGCUGAAGCCAGCGGCAGCACAUUGCAACAUUUUGAUGCGAAAAAAUAUCCGAAGUCCCCCCGCCCUCCCUUUGCUUUGGAAAACGUUGUUUCUCUUUCUCUAUGCCUGUGAAUUUCCGGUCAUUAAUUGCUAUGAUUUAUGGGGCUGAUGUUUUUUNGGAGGUAGCUUCACAUGUGGUUGGGACCCUGCCUUAGAUCCAGCCCCCUCUCACGUUACAAACUAUUUAUAUCUCUUCCACGAUUUUUUCCCCUUAAAGCAGUUCCCUGGGACAAGACGCGUUUGGCUCCGGAUCACUUGUCAUCCGAGAACCAGGGUUAGCUGCUGUGUGUGUGUGUUUAUUCAGAGAGAGCCCUGGCUGUUACAGGGCGAUUGAUCCAGAUCGCCUCAAAGACCUUUGCUUUUUUGGAAGCUGUUUACUUUGAAAUCGAAGGUGCAGUUGGAUAUAAUUCCAGCUUCUUGGAAUCUGAACCUCCUCCACCAUGGAUCAUACAAUAUUCAGCUGCCUGCGCAGCUCUCAUGCCCCAGCCCAGAGCCUGCACCAUUUCUCCCAGUCUCCUUUAGCUCUUCAUGGAAGAUCCGACCAUGUGGCUUUCCCAGACCUAUCUUCUUCGUGUAUCAUAACUGGAUUUCCUAAUGAAGAAAACAUGUUUACGGCUCAGCGUCAUCACCAUCACCUACAUCAUCACCACCGAAACCAUCAACAGCAGCAGCAGCAGCAACAACAGCAGCAGCAACAACAAGCGGUGCAAACCACCUGGCACAUUCCCCACAUCUCCUCGCCCCCUCCUCCCACCAGGCACACGCUCUGUGUCCAGCCCGAGUCGGGACCCCCGGAUCUGGGGCCAAACGCCUCCAGCCUGGUGGAGAGCAAUGCCAGCCUGGGCUCCAGCAACGCCAGUGUGGUGGGAUCCUGUCACCCCGGAGAGUACGGGCGGCAGCCGAUCACUGCUGUGGAGACGGAGAAAAGGCACCCCAAGAGGAAGAGUGAUGUCUCAGAGACGCAAGAAGGCAGCUACAAGGGAGAGGUGAACAGCAAACCUCGCAAGGAAAGGACAGCCUUCACCAAGGAGCAGAUCAGGGAGCUGGAAGCUGAGUUCGCUCAUCACAACUACCUGACCAGACUAAGGAGAUAUGAGAUAGCUGUGAAUCUGGACCUCACCGAGAGACAGGUCAAGGUCUGGUUCCAGAACCGGAGGAUGAAAUGGAAACGCGUUAAAGGUGGCCAACAAGGAGCUGUUGCAAGGGAAAAAGAACUGGUGAAUGUGAAGAAAGGGACGUUACUGCCCUCUGAGCUCUCUGGCAUCCCCAUAUCAGGACCUGAUGCCCAUCACCCUGGAGAUAUUCUGUCAAACGAUGAAAGUCAGGACAGUGAUCAAAGCACUGAGCAUGGCCAUUUGUGAUGUACAAAGAGAAGAAGAGAGAGACAGAGAGACAGCAUCUCAAAGAUACUCAGGAAAGAAACGGCACAUGGAAAAAGAACAGAAAAUAAAAAGAACAAAGAGAUACUGACUUUACAUAAACAAAAGUGCCAAAUCGAAAACUUACUUUGACGUGGUCAUCGUGCAGAAACCAGAGCCUCAGAACAUUCCAUAUUUGCCUAUUACAAUAAGGCGGUUUGCAAGUUUAUACUUUACUUGCACUGUAAAUAAAAACAAGGACGAAUGCAAAAAUCCCAACACACCAAAAAGAGAGUGACAGAAACUCGAUUGAGCUGAAUUCAAAAUUGGAGCAUUUCAAUACUUUUGAAAUGUUAAAAACAUUUCUCUGAAAGAGACAGUUAGAAAAUGCAGACGCCUUCACCAUUAUUCUUAGUUAUAGGUGCACUACUUGCUCAGGCAGAGAAAUAGCCAUGUGUGCAACAAGGUAAUGCUAUUUAUAGGAAAACGCUGGAAAAUGACAGCAAGUAAAAACAAUAUCUGAUAGAGAAGUAUAGCAUUAACUUUUUGGUUGUGACCAUUCACCAGAGCUGAAACAGUGAGCUGGGGGAGUUCAUGUCUAAGGCGCAGGGAGGCAAGUAGGAUUAGGAAGAAGUCAAAAAGGACUACAUACACAAUGAGUUGGGUGGUGAGUCUUUAGUGGAUUGUGAGAUGCCGAGAAAGAGUAUCUCGGGGAACAUAAGAGUAGUUGAGAUAUCAAUUAAAAAAAAACUAGAGAGGGAGAGCGAAACAAAACUGGGGUGGAGUGGUAAAAUAGAGGUGGCAUGUGAGCAGUGAACAAAGAUGUUGUACAUGAAUUGAUCUCUCAUAAAAGCAGAGGGAUGAUGCUUCUCACACUGGGUUCCUGCUGUAGAUGGAAAUGGGGUAAGG